GUGUUAAAAUUUUACAACGAUCUCUCUGCCGUGUGGACGAAACAGGCUAUUAAACAGCUGCUUUCGUACAACACUCUUUGCCAUGCUAUUCAUCGAUGUCAAUGAACUCCAGUCUAUCCUCGGAAAUUUUACAGCGAAAAUUGCAGACUACAGCAAGAGACCAGCACGAACUUGUUAAUUUUUGUGGCCCGUGUAAAUCGUGGGACGAUACUAGCAUUAUAAAUUAUAACUAAUGUACGGUAUUGUUUAUUGAUUUAUGUAAGGUAGUUCUGGUACUGUAUCCGACCAAAUAGCCGAUAACAAUCGGGAAGCGGCAGUCUCCAGACAACUGUACGAUUAUUGUGCGUGCUGGCCGUGAGCUGCGCUUCGUAAUGGCAACUCCUACGAUAAAGCUAGAGUCCCCCGGGCCAGCUCGAAUCAAGCAAGAAAAACCUGAGGAAAACGCAGUUCGGGUGCCUCUCAAGAACCCAGGUGGUGCGUCUGAGGCACAGACACCACGGCUGCCGACUGGAUGCCAACAAGAGCAAGUCAAGCAAGAACCGUUGGACCACCAGCUCUUCUUGCCACAUCCUGUUCAGCCAGGAAACCCGAACACAGCGGUCGAUGCAUCUCCUGGCACGGUUAACACAGCCAUACGAAUCAAACGAGAAAAUUGUGGAGAUGAGCUUCCGACGUCUGUUACAGUUGUUGAAAAGGAAAAUGCUGGCACGGCACCGCUCCCUCCGAUCGAACCAGUGGAGCAAGAAGACAACACUUCCCAGCCACCUGCCAAGAAAGCCAAGAUGGAUACGGAUCAUCCCAUUGCGGAGAAUCUGGAGCAGGUUGUUGCAGACCCUCAACCGAUGACUGAGGAGAGCGCUAGCCAGCGUCAAGUUCCGGAUGGGGACGACGUCCUGAUUGACUUCGUUAAAAAGGAGCCGGAGGACAUCAUCCGUGAUCAGCCGGUCCGCAUUGUCAGUGGCAAUCACGAACUAGUCACGACGCGGAGGGACAUCCAGGCGCUGUUACCGGACACGGGAUACUUUUGCAGUGGAUCGAAUGACGGCAGUUCGUAUCAGAUUAAACUACCGGAGAAUGUUAAGCCGUUGGCUUCCCACAGGCUCCUCUUGAUAGCUCUCAAUCCAGAUGUCCCGUUCGACUGCACGUCCACAGACAGCGUGACGGGUGUGACACUGGAAGAGCUGCGGAAAGCAGCAGAAUACUUCAAGAUCGAUGCCGAAAAGAUCGGGUUUCACCCAGCGCCGUUCAGCGAUGAAGGUGUCCACGCCAGCUCAGUACCGGAGCCUGAUAUUUCGCAGCCUACGGCUUCUGUUGGCGACUUGCCCAAUCCACCGGAAUCAGCAGCUCCGGAAGCAGCGGCGGCCGAUGUGGUGUCAAACACCGCACCCAUCGUAUCGCUCGAUGGAAUUCCGGAUAAGUUUUUCUCCUACCAGAACACGCCCGAGUUUCUGGAGCUUUCUUUGGAGCAGAUUUUAACGCUGCUUAAAUCAGAUUUCCUGCGCGUCCCAUCCGAAAUGGAUUUGUAUCAGGCUGUGAUGAAGUGGUGUCGCCACCGGUCUCCCGAGCGUUGCACGGAAGAGGUCCUGACGGCUUUAUUAGCCGAGAUUCGUUGGGAUCUGCUGCUAGAUGCCCUGCCGAUGGCUAUCUCGAUGGCGGAGGGAGCGCUGCACACCGUAUUGACCAAUUUACAGACGUUCCUUCUUCCCAAACCACGCGUCCUUACCGCCAUGCCGCGUCAGCGCCAUAUUUCCGACACCGUUUAUCUGUUCUUUGCCGACCGCAACCAAGUAGCUCUGCACCGGUACGACUGGCGAGCAAAUAAUCUGCAUGACGUCGCCCUCCCAGUGGAUGUUACACCGUGGUCUACGUAUAAAGAAUUCGGACCGCUGAUCGGCAGUUCGCUGUGGUUUCGCGUGGAGCGUAAGGAUAGGCUCGUGACCUAUCUGUUCAGCCCCACCACAAGGGAAGUCCAGAGGAUCCUGGAUGAACCGCUGACCAUGACUGAACUGUGUCCGACGGUACACUUGAAUGGAAUGCUGUAUCGAUGGGAUUUCCAGAAUCCCCGUGAGAAAAAUAAUUCCUGCAUCUAUGACAUGGAGUUUGAAUCGUUAGACAAAGAAGUAGCCUUACCGAAGAAAGUCAGGAAGGAUGCAGCCUUUGACUGUCAUGAAGGAAAAUUCUACUACUGCGGCGGAGUAUCGGUUAACGGGAAGAACCUUCGUCCCGUCGCCACUGUGGAGGUGUUUGACGCUAAAAGCGGCAAAUGGCGUUCGCUGCCGGACAUGCGGCACGCUCGCAAGUGCUUUGCCGUCAAGGUCUACAACGGCUACCUGUACGCCACGGGCGGCGUACAAAUACACGAUGCGGAUACCGAAAUCUUGCAUAGUUGCGAACGACUGCAGCUGGGUGUUAAAGGCGCCACAUGGGAGAGGAUGUCCCCUUUAAGAGACCGCCGGUACCAACACGCGAUGUUUGUGGCCAACAGUCAGCUGUAUGUGUGCGGUGGCUACCUGUACGAUGGAGACCAGGCUUGUGAUAUGGAGCGCUACGAUAUGGCAACGGGCAGAUGGAAGGCCUUCGACAAACAGGAUAAGUUCAUUUUCGAAGCCUUCUCGCACUGCGCCGUAAUGGUGGAAAGUUACGCGGAUUGAUUAUACGGGUGUGUGUUGCAUCUCAUGACUCUGCGCUGACAGUUUGCAGGUGUUCUUUUUCAGUACUGUACAUUUUGUUGUUCGUGUUAAGAGUAGAAAGUAAGGAUACCUAUCAUUAGGUAGUUUUUUUUGUUGUCACAAAAAUUCUCGUAGUGGGAUCUACAGCAUCACAUGAAAUAGUUUGUUCAUUGGAUUUGUGUGGUUAAUUAUUACGUUUGUACCUUCUUUCCGUUGUGUAGCAUCGUGAUUAGUACGUUUCAAGGGGAGACUUUGUAGUGUGCGGAUCUGGUCUUAAAUCAUGGUUUUACGAACGAUGGGUUCAUCUGGGAUACCAUCAAGCUCUGAAAGGUCAUGGCCAUGUU